AUGAGCACCACGUCUUCUGUAAAGGUUGCUGUACGAGUCAGGCCACUUACGGCUCGUGAAGUGCUUCAGGAAGAGGCGAAAGAGUGCCUAUCAUAUGUGCCCAAUGAACCACAGUUAAUCCUGACGCAGCCAUCCUAUACUUGGUCAAACUCUGAAGGAAAAGAUUUAGGUCCAGUUAAAUCAUUUACUUAUGACCAUGUCUUCUCGCCGGACGUUGGCCAAAGUCUGUUGUUUGAAGAAUGUGUCCGAUCUUUGUUAAACAAUUAUCUUAAUGGCUUUCACUGUACGAUUCUGGCUUAUGGACAGACGGGAUCUGGCAAAACAUACACUAUGGGAACUGGACUGGAUUUGCAGGCUGACCCAGAUACCACAGGCAUCGUUCCUCGAGCCAUCCAUGUCUUGUUUGAAACUUUGCGAGCAAAACAUGAAGGAAACCCUGAAGGAUUUAGAUACUCUGUCUAUGUUUCUUUCUUGGAAUUGCACAACGAAGAAUUAGUCGAUCUUCUCAAUCCUCGACGAGCGUCCACCUUGUCGAAUCUAAGCACGAGUGUAGAAAAAGGUUGGGGUGGACUCACAAUCAGAGAAGAUACCAAUGGGAACAUUGUAUGGUCGGGUGUACGAGAAGAAGAAGCCAAGACACCGGAAGAUUGCCUAGGGUAUCUGGCGAAGGGAAGUCUUUGCAGAACUACUGCAUCUACCGACAUGAAUGCAACAUCUUCACGGUCGCACGCCAUAUUUUCUGUUACGCUAAAACAGCAGAUAUGGACCGCCACUGAGAAGGACGAUCCAACACCAGUAGCCAAAGAUCCUGAAACACCAGUAGCUGGCCUAAUUGGAGUGCCCGACACCUCACCUGCCAUGAAGGCGCAAGAUCCUUUGAUUGUGAAUCCACGCACACAUCCAGACGGCUCUUGGCAACGACUGAAUUCAAAAUUCCACUUUGUCGAUCUCGCUGGGUCUGAACGGUUGAAAAGGACAAAUGCCGAAGGUGAUCGAAAAAAGGAAGGUAUAUCCAUAAAUCAGGGCCUCUUGGCGCUCGGCAACGUUAUAUCAGCUCUUGGAGAUGAAACACGACGUGCCUCACAUGUACCAUAUCGAGAUUCGAAGCUUACUCGUCUAUUACAAGACUCGUUGGGGGGCAACUCACAGACCAUGAUGUUGGCCUGUGUCUCUCCAGCAGAUACCAAUAUGAACGAGACUAGAAAUACCCUCGAAUAUGCAAAUAGGGCCAAGAACAUAAAGAAUCGUGUCACAAUCAACCAAGAAUGGAGUGCUAUUGGAGCCGCAGAGAAGGAUCGAGAGAUUAGAGCCCUUAGAACCGAAGUAUCGCAUCUACGCACUCAAUUAUCUACUCUACGAUCGCAGGGUUGGGGUGGAGAAGAGGCAGAAAGAAGUGCUGCCAUAGCUUCAGCCUUCCAUGGUGUCCAUGAGCCCGAAACUUCAUUUGCUGGAGCUGGUCGAGAAGACUUAGAAGCCCAGAUACAAAAGCUUCUGUUGGAACGUGAGUCCAAAAAUUUCGAACAUGAACGUCUUCAGUUUCGCUGCCAACGGCUGCAAAAUACUGUUAAUGAGCUUGCUCAGGAGGCUAGUAUAGCAGCAGCUGAACGUGAUCAAGUGUUAAAUGGCUUGCACGUCUCUACUCCCAAAAAGAGUCGAAUAGUAGUCAGUGAUGGAACUCAAGUAGUAGAUAGCGAGGAAAAUGAUGAGAAAACACCCACUCCGAUACGACGAAUAUUUGGAGCCAGCACUCAAUUUACAGUGGAAGAGGGCAACGUCAGUAGUCGUGGCAUUGGGUCGAUCCAAGAGUCUAAACCAUCUCUGGAUUCUUUUCUCGCUUCUCAUAAUCCUGCAGACGUUUUGCCAGCAGCCUUGAUUGAAGCCUAUAAUACAACAAUAUACGACUUGAAACUAAGACUCUCUGAAUCUGAAGAUAAAGCAGCUUGGUAUCAUGAUGUGGUCGUCAAACUUGGUAAACCUGUUCGCGUGGCAGGUCAGGCACCAGUUAGUGUCAGCCGUCAAAGUAAUCGACCUCCAGCUCCUUCUCGCACUGGUAUGUCACGUAAUAAGAGCCAUGAAGGAUUGCCUUCGAAGAGACACGCUGGAUCGAAAUCCGAAGAGUCGAUCUUGUCCGUAUCUAGUAUGGCUCGUAGUGAAGCCGAGGGUCGCAAUUCGGCAGAGAUUAUUGCCGAAGAUGAAAGCCAUCCUGCCGAGAGUGAUGAAGCACAAGAUGAUGAAGUUGCCUCUGAAGCAGAAUCGGCAACAACUGACGAUAUGUAUUGUGUCGUCCAAAAGAUCCAAGCCGACAUUGCCGACCACGAAGCAUUGGCAUCUCGUCUAGCUCGCAGAGAGUCUGAAUAUGAAGCUAUGAGAGGUGCUUAUGAGUCCAAAUUACGUGCUCUGUCAGAUCAACUGGUCCGUGUAGAACGAGAACGAGAUAUGGCCAUGACGAGAGCAAAAGGCGAAAAGUCUGUUGACGAAAAGCCUGGAACUGUUGCUCUCAAGGCUCGUUAUGAAGACCGUACAAAAAAACUGGCUGCUGAGAUCUCUGAACUCAAGAAGAAAUGGCAGGCAAAUAAAAAGUCAAUGACUACGGCCAGGAGUGAGAAUGAAUCAUUGAUUCGUAAUCUCAAGGCGUCAGUAGAUGCUUUGAAAUCUGAAAAGGCCAAGGUCUUGAAAAAGCUGAGAGAGGAGGAAAUGCGCGUACGCGACAUUGCUGCCUCCAAAGAUCGAGAAUUGGCAAGUGUUCUUCGUCGAGAACGCCAAGCUGCUGAGAAUGCUAAAAAGAUGGAAAGGAACAAUCAUCUCCAGCGGAUGAUGCUCAGUCGAAGACCAUCAGAAGAAGUACACAACAAUAAACUCAAGAGUGUCCUGUCAAUACUUAAACGAUCGCCCAGUGCGAAUAAAGUCCUGAAACGAGAGCCAUUAUCUCCUCGACGACAUGGAGCUACUCGCCGUCUACCAAGCUCAGGCAGCUCGUCAUCACUGCUGACGAACAGAUCGGGCUCACCAAGACCCAAAACUGCACCAUCAUCUCCAAGUUGGACUGCUGGUCUAGGGAUACAAUCGAGCGUACCACUCGAUACGACUGCACCUAUAAGCUUGAGAGCCCAAUUUAAGAAACAAGUAUUGGAUGCUGAAUUAUUGUCUUUUGUCAAGUCACGUUUGAGACAACAAGACUUGGAAACGGCCACAUCUAGUCGAAUCAGACUAGUUGGAGAGCUUAAAGAGCUUCGUGCGGAGCGUCAGCGCUGUGUCGAAGCAGAUAUUGCAGAGGGUAUUCCUGAACGACCACAGUAUAUGGACGAACGAAUUCAACAAGUAGAAUCCGAAAUCUCCACUUUAGAAAGUCGACUGAAAGAGUGGAAUGCAGACGGCAUAAGUAUUAAAGAUACCCAAGAGUCAUGGCAAAAUGCUGUAAAUUUGCUCCAAAGUCUUGAGUCAUCAGAGAAGCAAGUGGUUGCCGAACUGCUAAUGUCGGACUUGUCGCUUCUCAUGACUGUAGAUCAUGAAAGAGAAGUAAGAGUAAGACAGGCUGAAGCAGCAGCAGCUGAGCUAGGAGUAGCUUUGGCGAAAGCUCGAACUGAUGCUAGGAACGCAGCAUUAGAUUACGAAAGUGAACUGGAACGUGCACGUCAAAAGCUGAAUAUGGAUGAUCCAGAGAUGGAAUCGGUAUUACAACGAAUCUCAGAGUAUAUGCAAGAAGCUGAACGACCGUUCAGCCCGAAACGAAAAACCAGUAAUUCUAAUCUCCCUGACUCGGACUCACCACGGCGCCGAAGAGUAAACACAUCAUAUGUAAAUGAGUCAGCCGAGCUGCUCAAACGACUAUCCAGAUCAACGUCACCGACCCACGGGCCAUCUUCUAUUGAUACCCCAUCGUAUAAAUCGGAAAUAGAACGACCCAGUACCCCCACCAAAACCCGUAAUCGAGCACCUUCAUGGACUUAUGGCAACAACCCAUUAGACAUGCCAGAGAAUAAACGAGAUGGAUCUCUCGCAUCUGUAGAAGUAUCAGAAUCUGUCUUGCAAGGUGGCUCUGCCGAGAUACAGUCUGCAAGUAGUGAAGACGCAACUCAACGUAAUAGUAUAGCGAUGCUGCCUGGCACCAAUCCUGGUAAUAGUAAUCAAUCGUCAACCAGUGGAUUAUGGUCUACAAAACCUAAAAAAGCUGCUGGAGGAGGCAUGUUUCUCAAUGACGUAUUUGAAAGAUUGGCAUCGUCGCAUACUUUGGCAUCACAAGCCAAAGUCAAGGCGACACAUCUAGGUGUGAAUGAGAGUAGCGGUGGUGGUGUUGGACCAGAGAAAUUGGAUAUUGUGACAACUUCUGUUAGGAAACUAGGACCAGCUGAGAGAUCGCUUUCAGUCAAUACGCCAGUCCCAUCAUCAUCAAAUGCACCUGCUGAAGAGAGUGUUUUGGAUGGGUGA